CAGUUACAGAAGAAAAAACAACACCAAGCGAAUCGGACGUGUAUGUUAAUGACGACCGCGACCGUUGCGCGCGUUUAAAGUGUGUGGCUAUUUGCUAAUUGUUAUUUUUUAUUGUUUUUUUCGUGUGUGUUAUUGCUUGAUGUGCAAGCAACUUGUCGCGCGUGUAUCAAUUGUGAAUUACUAAUAAAAUGCAAACAAACAUAAUUAACAACAACAAUAACAAAAAGUGAUUUGUUACCUUGAUGCUGCAUUCUCUCCCACUCGCUCUCUGCCUCUCAUUUUGGUCCUGUUAAGCGCACAAGCGCACAAACCAGAUAAUAGUUAACAAAGUUGCGCUCCAAAAUUGAAGUAGUUACACAUUCAAUAGGAAAAACCUUCCGGACGCUGCGGCAGGAGCAAAUCUCGCCGUUUAGUCGGACCAAAAUCACAGGACGUGCAGCAUCAUGACUUUCUACUGGUGGUCCCAUUGGUUCUGGAUAACCUGUCUGAGUGUGCAACUUCUGCCCAAUGGCAUUCCUCAUGUGCAUACAUAUCCCAGUCAGGACAUUAGCCUAGAAUCAACAACGCCGCAGGAGCAACGCAUGGAAUUGACAAACGAUCGUCGACAGCCAGCGACAACAACAACGAAGCUGUAUCAGACGACGGCGAGCCAAAGCUGGACAGCGGCUACGCAGCGGAACAUCAUGGACUUGACGAUCAAGACAACAGCGACGCCAACGACGUCCACAACGACAACAAGCUACACACCAAUCGAGGAGACGGAGGAGAAGGAGCCGGAGAAGGAGGAGGGACAGGAAGCGCCCUUAAAUGUUGACAAUGAUGAUGAUGAUGCGUUGGCGAUCGAUGACAUCAAUGGUGACGAAGUCGAGGAGAUUGAUGUGGAGGUGGCCGACGAAGGAGACGUGGAAAAGGAGGAGCCACUGAUGCUGCAACACAAUCAGUUUGAGUUCAAACGUUCGGCAGAUUUUGCAGCGCUGCCAACAGAAGGUGAAGGAGGAGGAGGAGGAGCAGAAGUCGCUGCAAUUUCACACGCAGAGCAGCUGAACAACUAUACGAAUUUCAGUCGUAGCACAAGUACAAACACAAACAGCAGCUGCAGUUCAUGCAAUUACACGAGACCAGCGAAACUGCAACUCAGCACCAUCCUAACAGCAACCACAACAACAUUGGCCUCAACAUUGACGAGAUCAACAACCAGAAGAACUACAACGAUGCCGUCAACGUCAACGACAACGACCACAUCAUUGUUGUCCACAUCAUCAUCGACAGUAAGUGCGCCGGCAAAUAGCACGGCACAGAGUCAGUUGGCUGCCACUCCAUCGACGCCCAAAAUCAAUACCGAAUGGCUGUCGGAUGAGCUGCAGAAGGCGCCGUUUACGCUGGAGAAUGCCAACAAGGAGGAUGAAUUACGUCGCGCUGAGAGCGAGCACCGAUCACGCAAAUCGAAGGUGUUGUCGGCCGAAUAUAAGCACAUCAAUCGCUACAUUAAUUUCUCCAGCGACACAAAAAGUCUGCUCACACGCUCCGCCUCGUCCACGCCCAGCAUAAAUGGCUACAAUCCCGACGAGGGCAACAUUUCAUCCGAAGCGCUGGCCAUUCAACGUACAUAUUUUCUGGAUGCCGGCGCUAUUUCGGCCAUUUGCUUUACGGUCUUUGGCAUCUGCUGCACAGUGGGCACCAUUGGCAUUGUGCUGUAUCGGCGACGUUACCUAAACAAACCGCAGGCGCUCAGCGAACCAGAUUCGAGCGUCUACAUCGAUGAUAGUACGAUGCGUGUAAGUUCUCUUUUGCAAUUGCAGGAUAACUCGGAUGAGAUGUAUAGCCUGGACAACGAUUCGUUUCUCAACUCACUGGAGGCAAUGACAAUACAAAACUACUGGACAGACACUGUCAAACAUACAAAGCUUUAAUUUUUCUAGCGUCUGUUGUGCAAGGUUUCGAUUAAUAUUAUUUUGUUAUUUUAUUUUAUCCAAAUAUCCGGUACUCACGGUUAGGUGACAUUUUUUUUUUUGUGACAAUCAACAAAAGAGAGUAUGACAACUCUUAAAAAAACAAAAACAAAAAAUACAGCUGAUCUUGCAGUGUCUAUAAGCACUAGAGUUGCCAAAUUUGAUUUGUAGUUUUGGAAAUAUUGCUGUGUAUUGAGUACCGGAUAUCUAAACAGUCGAGCAUACUGGCGACUGUAAUUGGAUUGUUUUCUAUUUUCUUCAUCCCAUACAUUUGCUUCCCCACUAUCGCUUGUUCGCCCCUUCCCAAUCCUCAUAUUCUAACUGGAAAACCAACAGACGUGGAGCACACAAACAAACACAUCAUAAUCAUUAAGUAGGCGCCACUAUGCGCGUAGCUAAUAAUCAUUUAAGUGACAAGAAGAUGAUGAAGAGGGAUGAUGAGUAGCAGGAUUUGAAGGUCCUGUAGUGUAUGUAUUUACUAAUUAAUAGGCAUUCGUGCAGCUCAACAACAGAGGAGCAAAACCUAGACUUAAGCCAAACUACCAAAAUUAUGUUUAGUAUGUGUAUAAUUUGUAAGUGCGCAAUGUUAUUUGCUAGUUUUAAAACACUGUUGACACUCAUAUUGCCUGCUGUCCAUUAUCAACACUACCAUCACACAACAACAACAACAACAACAACAACAACAAAGAACAGUAGUGGAAGGCAACUGGGAUUACGAUUACCGAUAGCGAUACACCGAUUCAUCGAAGGUCAAACCAGAUUUUAAUUUUGAUAUACAUACAUAUGCAUGCAUAUGUUCUGUAUGUAUGUGUGCAUGUGUGUAUACUUAGCAUUCCUUAUUGCAAAUUCUGUUAUACUAUCGAUAAAUACUACAAUAUAAUUCUACACUUAAUUAUCUUUAGCCUAAUUUACUUACACUUACUCUUAUUUAUAUAUUCUUACUAUUUAUGCAGUUUUUUAUUUGAAAUGUUAAGUAUUUUCGAAAUUAGUUUCGUUCAACAAUACAAUACGUAUGUAUGUACAUAUGUAUAUUGUUUCCCCACACGAUGAUCGAUCAAUGACUACCAUAAUAUAUGUAAUAUUUAUGUAUACAGUUUAGAUUUGUGUCUGUCCAACAAUUAAACGCAAUCAUUCCUUCCAGUUUAGCAUAUAGUGCAACUUUAUAUGAAAUUAUUGUAUUACAAAUAAAUCAAACAUACUACAAAUUACAAAAAAUUCACACAAGAUA